GUCAGAGUGUAUGGAAUACCUCACAGGUACCAGAUGUACCCCUCCAAAUAUCAGCAAAUCCCUGCCAAUUGGCUUCCAUUGUUUCCUCGUCUGGAUUUGCUGUCGAUUGAUUGAUUGAGCUAUACAUUCCUCGGUAUACUCAUGCAGAGCCGCUGAGGCCUGAAUUGCUCUGGCUCGAAACGUGUGGUUCCCCUCCUCAGCGUCCUCGAGCUUCCCUCCACCCUCGUCCUUGCAAUGUCGGCAACUAUCCGCCGUCGACGAGCUGGUUCAUUUCGGAUACACGAAGAUGUCCCGUCCACCGAAGAUACCGAGAUGAACGAGGAUGUGGCCGAGGGGAACGAAGAAGACGAUGCUGCCCACCGGGGAGAAGACCUGGACGGUCAAGAGUCGAACUAUUCCGAGAGUUCGGAUGACGAUAGGGUGGAUGCCAACGUCCAGAUCGACAUGGAGAAGCUGCAGAACAGUUUCCCAGGCUUCCGACAGAAAUACCGGUUGAUCAAGAGGAUUGGAGAAGGCACCUUUUCUACCGUUUACAAAGCCGAAGACCUCCAAUACAACCGCUACGACAAUGGCUGGGACAUAGAAAAAGAGAACGAGAAGUGGUCAACUCCUCCCCUCAAACGCCUGGUCAGCCAGACCUCCAGCAGCAACCUAGAGGAAACAUCCCAGUUGCAGAGCCAACAGAGGAGACAGCAGGAACAACACCAGCGGCAACGGCGACCCAAAUAUGUCGCCAUAAAGAAGAUCUAUGUGACCUCGUCGCCGCACCGGAUCCUCAACGAGCUCGAACUGCUCCAUGACCUGCGCGGCUGCCCCUCGGUGUGUCCACUGAUCACGGCCUUCCGCCAAACCGACCAGGUGGUGGCUAUCUUGCCCUACUUUCGGCACUCGGACUUCAGGGAGUACUUCCGAAAUAUGUCCAUCAUGGACACGGCCAUCUACCUGCGCGCGUUGUUCCUGGCAUUGGAUGGGGUACACGCACACGGCAUCCUCCACAGAGACAUCAAACCUACCAACUUCCUCUACGACCCGACCACGCAGCGCGGGGUGCUGGUGGAUUUCGGACUCGCCGAGCGGGAGGGCGUCGACUGCAAGCCUUGCGUGUGCCACGACGACCCGACGACGCGCAAGUCCCGCUUGCGCGCGGCCUUGCACGCGUCGUCGGCGCCCAACAACGGCUACCCCAAGAACGACACGCGGCCGUCGCGGCGGGCGAACCGGGCCGGCACGCGGGGGUUCCGGGCGCCCGAGGUGCUGUUCAAGUGCACGGAGCAGACGACCAAGAUCGACAUCUGGUCGGCGGGCGUCAUCCUGCUGACCAUCCUGUCGCGGCGGUUCCCCUUCUUCAACUCGGCCGACGACGUCGAGGCCAUGAUCGAGAUCGCCACCAUCUUCGGGCAGAAGCGCAUGCGCGCCGCGGGCCAGCUGCACGGCUGCAUGUUCGAGACGAGCAUCCCCACCAUCGGCACCGCCGGCUUCUCGCUCGAGCGUAUCAUCCUCUGGAGCACGUGCCGCAGCGACUCGGGUGAGGGCCUCACCGACGAGGAGAAGCUGGCCCUCGAGUUCCUCGGCCGCUGCCUGGACCUGGACCCGAGCAGGAGGAUCAGCGCCGAAGAGGCACUGCAGCAUGAUUUCUUGCGCAUGGGGCUGGAUGGCCAGGAGUCUGCGGAGCUUGGCGAGGACGACGAGAUGGAUAUCCUCAAGGUGUAAAGUAAGGAAGAAGGCGUAAUUACGGUGGAGUUUUGGCAUGUGUGGGAGUCCGGAGGGGUUUGAUAUUCCUGUGUGUAUAGAUUAUUGUACAUCUACUAGUCGCGUGAUUGCUUACCUUUUAUUUGCUCCCCUCGAACUGGCUUGAAGCGAGAACCCAAGGUUCGUCAUCGAUUGGAAUUGGUUCGCUCGUUUAAGGUCGUGGAAACUUGGCCGGUUGAUCCAGCAUCAUAGGUAGUGAACAACGAGCCUCACCGCGG